AUGGAAUAUUUCCAUGACAAGGAAAACAUGAAAUACACACUUAGACGGGCAGAGACGGGCACGGACGAACGGGACGAGCACGGAGACGAGAGCAGGCCACGGAGGAAGACCACGAGCGGGACCCGUCGAGUGCCAAGGAGGCGAACCGUGAAGCGAUCUACACGCAGCGGCGGGGCUCAUACCCCGCCUACGCAAGGUCUACGGCCCUGGGAUCCGCGGCGGCAGCUGGAGGGCUGCAAUCCGGAUAAAGAGCGAGGACGCAGAGUCACUGGGACGUACCGCGAAGCGACCUACACGCAGCGGCGGGGCUCAUACCCCGCCUGCGCCGUAAAAGCGGUGUGCGCCAUUCACAUUGGGGACGAGCGCCGUCUACCUGCCUCUGGCCCACGUUAG